AUGGAUCAGCUGUACGACCAACUGAAACAGACAUUUGGCAACGAUGAGGGUUCUCUGUUUCAGAUGGAAAUGCCCGCGCGGGUACUCGAGAUGGGAAACUACUAUUACAACGGUAGUGACACCAUCAACUCCCAACAGGUGAAACCGCCUGCUGUUGCCGAGGCCGAGUUUCGUCUCGCGGACGGGAUGCUCGACAUCUCGAAAUUGGUGGGAGGCCCCAAUGGCGGCAAGCUGUCUGAGCAAUACAAUGAGGUCCUUUUCUCACUUGCACCCGCCAACGUUGAGACGGGCUCGGCGUUGCAGUCAAUGGCUCCCGAUCAGCAGCAUAUUAUGGACUGGCUGUACGAAGAGGUCCCAAACAUCGAUCCUCCAGCCAGCGAUCUCCUCAGCAUGAGUCCCGACGACCUUGGUCUUCCCAAGAAGCCCCCCGUCAUUGAGCAGAAGCAGCCGAGUGAACACGUCAAAGCACUGAGAGACCCCCUUCAGACCCCAAAGAUCCCGCGCAUUGAUCUCUAUCAGAAGCUGCUGGACACGUAUGAAGCCGAGCGCUUCCGGUGGGCGCAGUUCAAGAAUGACUCCAGGCCGGAUGACAAUGCUACCCAGGACAGAUGGAAUGCAUACGACAGACUCCUUACCACGUAUGCACCCGUUAUUGACGCCAAGCUGGAGGGGCUUUGGUCUGUGCUACUUGUCCGGGGACAGUAUCAUCGUGUAAAGAAGUACAUCUCGUACCUCGAUAUUGAGACUGCCAGCGAAAGCUUGCAGCGAGCCAAGGAGAGUCUGAGGGCUUCGGUUACUCGCAGCACCGACGACACCGAGGACAUCUACCCCGUCUCGUUCACACCAAACAAUUGGGCCAAGUACCUCAGCACCAACUUCCGCCCUGAAGACCUGUUCUCCGAUGUCAACUACACACGCACACAGCUUCAGAACGCUACUAAGGAGCGGACGAUUCUCAUCAUGCGCCGCGACGCCCUUGUUAACGGGCGCCAGGACAUCAAAGCGUUGGAAAAGGCCGCAACAGAUGCAAGCAACGCCCUUCGAACUGCCCAAGUAAACAUGGUCAAGGGUUACGGAGACAACGCCAUCAGCUGCAUCCAGAUGUACUUUGAUGUAGUGUCCAAGAAUGCCCAAAACAAGACCGCUGCCAUCAAGGGACUUACCGACACCAAUAUGACGGAGUUAAACGCAGCUCUUGAGAAGAACUCUGAGCCGAAGUUGACCCCCGAACAGUGGAACUCUCUCAAGGACAUGCAAGCAAAGUGUCUCCAGAACCAGGCCAGCGUUGCGACUGCCAACGAUGCCCUUAUCGAUGCCUAG